ACGACCAAGCUACUUUCGCUUAAUAAAUUAUAGAAGAGCGAAUUGGUACUCUUUUAUUUCACGUGAAAUUAAAAAAUGCACGUAUUGAGAUUCAAACGUUGCGUGCUGUUUUGAAAACGGGGAUAAUUAUAAAGAAUAUGAGAAAAAUGUAACUUUUUUGUUAACGAAAUCUGGACAAUGCUGAUUCGACAAAGGCACACUUGGAUGCGUCGAAAUUUUAUUUUUGUAUGAAUUUUUGUUAUUACUAUCAGUUUAUCGUAAAAUGCGUAUUCUUCGUAUAUUUCUCCGAAUGAAUAAGAAAACUCACACAAUCGACGAGUUAUUACAAAUUUUUUAGCAGCUUUUUACGGACAAUUUAAGCCGCGAGAUUUAACGCAGAUUACCUCUAUACAGUAAUAAUACAGGGCGACGUGAUGGCAGAGGAUUAUGGAUUAUGUAAUUGUCGUGUUAAGACACAAAUUCCCGAAAUAAAUACAGUCACGAGACUGUAAUAUUGGUCGGUCGCGAUGAGCUUCAUUAUCGUAUGACGGACGUCGUGGCACGCAGUCGAGUCCUAAUUUAUUUACGCGCGUUAGUCUCCGACGCACGACUCGAGACAUGCUUAAAGUAACGUCAGAGAUAUACAUGGAAAACGACCACAUCUCCGAGAAGCUUGGCAGCAGCAAUGCGGUAACCAAAUUCGCCUUCAAAUGCCCGUCUUAUAUGAUCGAGGCAGAAUUCGUAGCCGGGAUGCUAAAUUAUGACAGUGAUGGUGAUCUAGAUGUGAAUAGAGACAGAGAAGGAGCAAUUCUAAUAGAGCAUAGCGUCUCUACAGAGCUCGGUUUGGUCGGUUUGCAAGUGUGGAGAGCCGCUCUCCUGUUAGCCGACUAUAUCUUGUCGCAUCCAGAUUUGUUCAGAGAUGAAAUAAUUCUAGAAUUAGGAUCCGGAGUUGGCCUGACCAGCAUCGUAGCGAGUCACCUGGCUAAGGAAGUCAUUUGCACCGACAUCAACGUGGGUGGUAUACUGAGUCUAAUUGAACGAAAUUUUCUGAGAAAUCGUGUGUACGUUAGAUCGAAUUAUCACAUCGAGGAGGUAAAUUUUUUAAAUUUGGAAUGGUCGAAGAAGCUAGAGGAGAGACUGCAAAGCGCGAAUGUUGUACUGGCAGCGGACGUGAUCUACGACGACAAAAUCACGGAUGGAUUUGUCCGCACGUUAACAAAACUUCUACACGCAAAGACGAAAAAGACAAUUUACGUCGCUCUCGAGAAGAGAUACGUCUUUACUGUCGCCGACCUCGACACCACUGCCCCGAUGUACGAGGAAUUUUUACGUUGCGUUGAAAAGUACGAAACGAAUUGGUCUAUAAAUUACAUAAAUAUAGAUUUCCCACACUACUUCAAAUACGAUAGAGUUAAACAUCUGGUUUUAAUGAAGAUACAAAACAAUGCGAGAACUGUUGCACAUGCAUAGCGAAUACUUAUUUAAUUAGGUAUGCGAGUAAUACAUUACGAUAAUACGUAAUAUAUUAUCGUAAUUAUAACAUAUUUAUAUUAAUAUUACAAAGAGAAAGAGAGCUUAAAGUUGCCACAGUAAGAAAUCAAGAUCUCUGCAGACAUAGUAACAAAAUAUAGUAUCAUAUAAUGUAAGAUGUAAAAAUGAGUUAUUUAAAGAGUUGUCGUGGACAUUCACGUUCAUCAAUACAUGAAACAACAAAAUAGUAAAAAUUUAACAGAAUUUCUAAAUAGAAUUCAGCUCAAGGCCAGGAAAUAAAAAAAGUCUAAAAAGUCUAUUCCUUUUAAUCCUUAGAUUUACGUAGCGAAUAAAAGACGACGAUUAAUAGAAGGAAAAACGAAGAUUGUGACUCGGAUUGUGAUAAAAAUGACAGCUAUAUAAUAUAUAUUUCUCACGUCCACAUA